AUGGACGCCAAACGGACACCUAGCUCUUUUCAGCAGCUGGAGAAGUUGGGAGAGGGUACCUAUGCGACAGUGUUCAAAGGACGAAAUCGACAGACGGGAGUGCUAGUUGCACUCAAAGAAAUCCAUCUUGACAGCGAAGAAGGAACGCCGUCGACUGCUAUUCGAGAGAUUUCUUUGAUGAAAGAGCUCAAGCACGAGAAUAUCGUCAACCUGCACGAUGUCAUCCAUACGGAAAAUAAACUGAUGCUGGUCUUCGAAUAUAUGGACAAGGAUUUGAAGAAGUACAUGGAUUCGCGAGGAGAUAGAGGGCAACUCGACUACGUGACUAUCAAGUCAUUCAUGCAUCAGCUAUUACAAGGCAUUGCAUUCUGCCACGAGAAUCGAGUGCUGCACCGCGAUCUUAAACCACAGAACCUUUUGAUCAAUACCAAGGGUCAGUUGAAGCUCGCAGACUUUGGUCUGGCCCGAGCGUUCGGCAUCCCCGUGAAUACCUUCUCCAAUGAAGUAGUCACACUAUGGUACCGCGCUCCAGACGUGCUCCUGGGUAGCCGAACGUACAACACCAGCAUCGAUAUCUGGUCGGCUGGGUGCAUUAUGGCCGAGAUGUACACUGGUCGGCCGCUGUUUCCCGGCACCACCAAUGAGGACCAGCUGCAGAAGAUUUUUCGUUUAAUGGGCACUCCAUCGGAGCGCUCUUGGCCCGGAAUCUCUCAGUUCCCCGAAUACAAGCCCAACUUUCACAUUUAUGCCACCCAGGACCUGCGGCUCAUCCUGCCUCAGAUUGAUCAGAUGGGUCUCGACCUACUAAGUCGCAUGCUUCAGCUUCGCCCUGAAAUGCGUAUCAGCGCCAAGGAUGCUCUGCAGCACCCUUGGUUUCACGAUCUUCCUCAGUUGAGGAGCCGACAACAGGCACAACAACAGGCGCAAGCGCAAGCGCAGCAGCAACAGCAGCCGCCAAUGAGCGGUGGUUAUGCAGCAUCGGGGAUGGUGGCCCAAGGCGGUUACUGA